UUACCAAAACAUGGUUUUAAGCCAACAAGACGUGAUUAUUAAGCACUCAAGACAUGGCUGUACAGUAGUAUAUACCUUUGUUUUUCCUUAUGGGAAAGAAUAAAGAAUUUUUUUUUCCUUUGUUUACAUUUUACAAUCGUUCUGUAUAUCGUACAUUUAUUGGAACAAGAAUAUUACUACACAUAGGGAUUUUUUAUGAAAAUGUUAAUAAGCUCCGUUCAGUGUUAACACAGUUCUAUAAGGCAUAGUGUUUAUUUACUUGCUGGCGAUUUUGUAUGUUUUAACUAUGAACAUAGGCGAGCUACAAGUGAACUUUUUAAUCAAAGCUUCUUCUGUCGUAUCACGGAUUCAAAAGAAUGAAACUCAAAAAAUACUAAGAAGCCUUUACUUGUUGCGUUGUAACCAAUUGGCUGGAACGGGCAGGUUACCACUUAAGCAGUUUUCGUGUGAUUCAAGAUGUCCUCAUUGUUUUAUAGAGUGGACGGAAGACACAGAAAGAAAGGUGACUCCAAUAAAACUUAGUAAAAGGCAAAGACGUCGGAUUAGAGUCAAUGGGAAGAAAAAGAAUUCUGUCAAUAAAGAUUUCUUACUUCACAGCAAUAAUAUGGAAAAUGUGUGCUCCUUUUGUGGCCACACAACAAAGUCAACAAUAAUCAAACCAAGCGACACUUAUAAUAAGAUGAAAGAAGAAAAACCGUGCAUAGAAACUCCUAUGAUACUUGAAAAACAGAAUAAAAAAGAAACAAAACAAUCAAAUGUGAGGAUUCAUAAAUUGAAUGUGUAUUGUGAAACAAAAGAGGCGUUUUCUUUAAGCAAACAGAAUAACACUCUACCUCGUUUAAUAAAAGAGACGCCGAAAAUUAUUAAAAACAGUAAGAAAAAGAAAGACAAAUUUGCUGGAUUGUGCCGUACUGCUGUAACUGCUGCAUUAAAAUUAAAACAGGACAAGGACAAGCAAAACAAGUUAAAUCUAUUUUUGAAACCUUCAACUUCAACAGUCUAAUAAAAUAGGGUAUAUGUUACAAGAUUUAGAAAUGCAGGUAGACGUCCAGAAAAAUAUUGUAAGGUUUGUCAAGAAACUUAAUUUAAAGGCAAUAACUCCUUUUUAACAAGGUUAUUAUUAUUUAAGACCUUUCAAAAAUGGUUUGAAGAACACAAAUUCUAAAGUAACUUCACUAUUACUACAUAGUUAAUGGUCCUAAAACAAUUUUUUUUUUGCAAAUAUGUAUAUACAUAAAUGUGCUCCUGAAGUUUGCGCACGAUUUUGUGCACCACACACAUUUUGGGUGUCUGGUGUAGCGGGGAGGGUAACAGCGCACGUCUGCUAACUUCAGGCAGACGCAUUUAUGUUUGAAUCAUACUACUUACGUACUUGAUUAUGAAUUUUAAUAAUUUUUAUUUAUUCAUUGAACAUACUACAUUUAGGCUUUAUUUAUGUUGGUAUGAAUUAGUAUGUAUUUUGUUAAAAAUAAAAGUAGAAAAUUGAAAAUUA